GCAGCAAUGUACUCCCUGGCACUGGUUGUGUGCGCCGUGGCUCUGAGCCACUGCUCUCUUGCAGUGAAAGUCUGUUCCAGACCACCACAAGUGCUAUUUGCCACCAUUGAUGUAGAUAAGAGCGUGUAUGAAGUGGGUGAGGAAGUAGAAUAUACCUGUAGGCCUGGGUUCAUCCCCAACAAUGGCCAGAGGAAGUACACCUGCCUCCCGACUGGCAAGUGGCCUCUCAACACACUGCUGUGCCUACCAAAGAGAUGCCCAACUAUUGGACCCUUGCCGAAUGGAAAAAUUGAUUUUGUAGACCUCCACUAUCAGAGUUCCUUGAAUUUUUCAUGUGAACCAGGUUACAACCUUGUCGGGACAAGAAUGAGCCAAUGCAUGGCAGAUGGAAAGUGGAGUGGAAGUCUUCCACAGUGCCAACCGGUGACUUGUGCACCUCCCUCGCUGCCUGAAUUUUCAGUCCUUUCUUACCGUCGCUCAAAACCUGGAAACGUUUCUCAUUUCCUGGACACAAUUACUUUUGAAUGUGUCCCUCCCCUUGCACUUAUUGGGAAUGAGACAGCCACCUGCAUGGCCAAUGGGAACUGGAGCAGCAUUCCAGAGUGCAGAGUUGUCACAUGCCCCACUCCAACAGGAAUAGAAAAUGGAUUCUUUGAGUUUGUUGUUCGUAGAACAUAUCACUACAAUGAAAGUGUCAGCUUCGCCUGCCAGCCCAACUAUGUGCUGGAAGGACCUAAGCAUUCCCGGUGUGAAAAAACUGGAAACUGGUCCACAAAGCCAACCUGUAAAGGACCAUGUAAAAUACCAGUGAAGAAAGCUGUAGUAUUAUACAAUGGUGAGAAGAAAAGAGUUCAGAAUGACCUUAAGGAUGGUGUUCAGCAUGGUGAAACUGUAUCCUUCUUCUGCAAGAAUAAAGAAAAAUCCUGUGCCUAUACGGUACCAGUCCCAUGUGUGGAUGGCAACCUUACUCUCCCUGCCUGUUUCAAAGAACGUGGCUUUUUUUCAAGUCUUGUGAAGAAGGACCCAUCAGACAUGAAACCAUGUGAAGAUCAAGAAUGAAUCUCAGAGAAGAAAUACAGUAUGAAUUUUCUGCCUUAUUGAGACAAAACAUUAUAUAUAAGAGAGGAAAACUUAGGUCCUGUGAGUGUAAAUUGUCAAGUGAACUCCGGACUAUUUGCCAAUGCAGGCUCAGCUCUUUUCCCUACCACCAUCCCACCAUCCCUACCAGCCUCUCUCACAAGCUAUGCCACAUUAUUUCAGCCAUUAAUUCCCAUUCUCUUCUCUCUGCCUUCUUCAAAAUCCCUGCAGUGCUGCUUCUCUUUCCACAUUUUCAACAUUUACACAACUGUAAAUGACUUUCUCAAUAGUAGUCCCUUUACAAUAAAGUAAUUUUCAGCCAA